AUCAUGAACUGUCAUGUCCUGAUUACGAAGAAGCGGAUACAAAAGCAGUAUUUCUUGCAUGUCAGCUAAAAGAAGAUUCUACUGUUACAAUCAGAACCUCUGAUACAGAUAUUGUUGUUAUCAUGUUGGCCAAUAUGGAACAUCUUCAAGCAUCACUGAAAAUAUGGAUGGAUCUCGGAGUAAGUAAUGCACGCCGAUAUAUCGACGUUUCCGCACUCUCUGUUAAGCUAGGCCCAAUAGUUUCGCGAGCGCUACCAGCUCUUCAUACGCUAACAGGAUGUGAUUUCAACCCGGCACUUUAUAGACGAGAUUUGGGAUUUAAAGAUUAUAAUAUAGAUGAAUCUUUUAACAUCAUACAAUCUUUUAUCUGCUACUUGUAUGGCUUAAAAAAAUUAGAUGAUGUCAACAGAGCUGGAAUUGAAAUCUUCAAUACGACAUACAAGGUAUCAGAUACAUCACAGCCCUUCUCGUUGAAUGUUCGUAAUUACGAUGCUUGUUGCUUGCCACCAUGUCAAUCGGAGUUACUGCAGCAAUUAUUACGAACAAGAUAUAUUGCAUGCUUGUGGAGGAAUGCACACAAUCCAAACAGCAUCGACAUGUCACCAACAGAUUACGGAUGGACAGAUGUAAAAGGCAAAUUGGAAAUGACUUGGUUCGUUGGUAAUCAAUUACCAGAAGCGUACGACGAUGUAGUCAUAACACCUAAUAUUCUAGGAGAUACUCCAGAUUCAGAUAUGCAAGCUGAAGAUAAAAUUGACGAACAAAUCAAACCAGACUUGCA